UGUGGAUAUAGUUCUUGCACUUUUUGGUUAUAAGCUGUCAUGUGACUAAAACCGAUCAACACGAUCGUUAAAAAAAAAAGAAAAAGAAAAAGAAAGAAGACAUUUUAGUAAACACGUUAAAAAUAUAAAAACUCCUUCUGAUGAUUUUCACAUAAACAAGAUUUUUUUGGUUAUUGGUGCAGUUAGUUGAAAUGAACAUCUGACGAAAGCACAGGGUCGAUGGAGCCACGUAAGCAGCAAACAGGUGGAAUAUAAUAAUAAUAAUAAUAAUAAUAAUAAUAAUAAUAAAAAUAAUAAAAAUAACAGCAUUUAUAUAGUAAAGGGCCCAUUGAUUUGUUUUCAGUUUUAAGCCAGCACUUUUGUGGUGGAACAUAAGGUACUGCAGCCGUUCUAGGCAAUUUACACCAGCUGUCCCUUCGGCCUUUCUGAAGGAAAACGUAACUACACAGCAGUAAGCUAGUUGCGUUUUAAGUAAUUAAUUUAUAUUUCUGUAAAUAUGAUCAUAAGAAACCCUAUAAUAUAAAAUAAAUCGUAAAUAUGAUUAAAAUCGUGUUAAGCUAAAGACUUUUAUUUUGCCACAUUCUCGUGCCCCAGAAGUGAAAUGAGAAACGCGGCGUUGUGCGCAUGCGCAGUAUAUUUACUACUGCUGUUGUACAGUCUCCAUUCUCUGGUUUGUUUAUGAAUAAAGGAGCUAAGCCGUCCUCGUUUGCCCCGCCAGACCUGGAGCUGAUGCAGUAAACAUGUCGGCACAGGGGGACUGUGAUUUCUUGGUGAAACGUGCGCGCGAGCUCGUGCCCGAAGACCCGUGGGCUGCUAAAGCCUGGCUCAUCACCGCACGCACGCUCUAUCCGGCCGACUUCAACAUACAGUAUGAGAUGUACAUGAUUGAGCGCAAUGCAGAGAGGACCUCUUCGGCUGGCAGACUGCUCUACGACAUAUUUAUUAAUUUCCCGGAGCAGCCAGUGGUGUGGCGUGAGAUCAGUGUAAUCACAGCAGCAUUGAGGAACGACAGCCAGGACAAGCAUGCACAGUUCCUCAAAGGUGUGUUUGAGACUCUACCAGGCCCUGUGCAGUGUCAGAUGCUUUUGAAAGCCACUGAACAGUGUUUUAACACUCUGGAGAAAGCAGAGAUGCACCUGCUGCUGCUGAAGAGAUUCCCAGAGUCUGUGGUACAGCACGGGGUGAGUUUAGGAGAGUCCCUCUUGGAUGCGGAGAACAUGCAGGACUUGGACACACCAGUCAACUGUUACAGGAAACUGUUUGUAUGUGAUGUCCUGCCGUUGAUCAUUAAUAAUAUGGAGAUGCGGCUUCCUGCCAGUCUAUUGCACAAGUACAUGCACAAAGCGGCUGAGUUUUACAUCGGCUAUGUGACGCGAGGCCCCUGCGCAGAUGCACAGUUACCGGGACCUCAGGAAGGGGGGGGGCUUAAGUCUCCCGGAAAGGGGCGUGGCCAGCGUGGCGUGAUUGACGGCUUGUCAGAGAAGUCGUCGUUAGUGGCGGAGCCGUGGGUGAGGCUGCUGGAGAUUGUUGGGUCGAUGGGGCUGAGGUGUGAGUGGCAGGGAGAGAAGGGCACCAGGACAUACUCGGAGCUACUGCAGCGGGUGAAGGAAUUGUGCCGCUAUUUGCCUGGUUUGGAGGGCGAGACUUUCUCUCGCUGCUGUGCCCAAAUUGUCACCUGUUCCACGCUAGUUCUCUUCCGCAGCGCACACUUCUACAUCUCCACAGUGCAGCCCUCUCUCUUUCAGGGUCAUAACUCACUGGGCUCGACUCCAUGGGUUCUGGUGGAGGAUCUUUCGAGUGUGUUUAAUGACAUCGAGCCCGAGAGACCAAGCGGAAAACAUGCACACAAAAAACGCAAACUUGCAGACGGGCGUGAGAAAACCAUGAGUUCUGAUGAUGAGGACGCUCUAGGUAAGGGACGAGGAAGACACAUUUUGGUGAAUAUGACUGAAAUGCCAGCUUGGGCCGAGAUGUUGGAGCAUUUCAGAACGGCGAGAGAGAGCUGGGACCUCUUACACUCCCAUGAGACUCUGGAAUCAGAGUACAACAAGAUCUGCGCAGCAUGGAAGACUGAAAGCUGGCUUUGGUUCCGGAUAUUUCUCACCGAUAUGAUCAUGUAUCAGGGUCACUACAGGAAAGCUCUGUCCAGUCUAAUGCAGCUGUCGUCUCUUCAGCCCCAGCAGAGCCAGAACACACAUCCAUCAGCCUCCAGCUUGGAGACACACAGAGCCUUAAUUCAGCAAGCAUCCUGUCACUACGCACUUGGGGAGUACCGGUUGGCCUGUGAGAAGCUGUUGGAGGUUGUAAGUGGUCUGGUACCUCAAAAUCAGGAGGCAACAAAGUCCAGCGAGGAGCAGAACCGAGGAAGAAACAAAGCCAAGAAAGGCAAUGACUUGAGGCUUAUUCCCUGCACUAGCAAAGACAUUCUGCCCUUCUGUCUGCAGCUCAUGCUGGCCUGCUUCAAAUUGCGAGCGUUCACCGAGGGCAACAGAGAUGACCUGUCUCUAGGUCAUGUGAUCGUCCUCCUGCAGCAUGAUUGGCCACAGGGAGAGACUCUGUUCUUGAAGGCAGUGGACAAAAUUUGUGAUCAGGGGAGUUUUCAGUACGAGAACUUCUUCAACUACGUCACCAACAUCGAUAUGUUGGAAGAGUUCGCGUACCUCCGUACGACAGAAGGCGGGCGGGUCCAGCUGGAGCUAUUGCCCAAUCAGGGGAUGCUAAUUAAGAACCCCAGCCCCGCCCUGGGGGUGGAGUUAAAUACCCUGCUGCUUCCUGGGGCUCAGAAGGCUGACAGGCAUCACACUGUGACUCGUGGCAUUACCAAAGGUGUGAAAGAAGAUUUCCGGCUGGCCAUGGAACGCCAGGUGUCUCGCUGCGGAGAAAAUCUACUCAGCGUGCUACACCGAUUCUGCAUUAAUGAGAAAAUCAUUCUCAUCCAGUCCUUACCAUGAACUCAGCCGCUUAGAAGAAAAAAAAAUCAACCCUGAAUAAAUUCCGUAUUAAUCGUCAACAACAUCCAAUAUUUAUUUUGGAAUAAAAUUCGAAGUUGUUAAUCUCUACCUAUAGAGAGUGAUGCAGCCAUGCUUUAGUUUUUUAAUCUGUCCAGCUCUCCUCAUCUGUACACAACAGAUCAGCUUCCAAAGCUUCAAUUUUCAUGCUAAGAAUGUACCACUUUCAACGCUAUUACUCUUGUCAUCUCAUAGCUCACUAGCUAACUGAGCAAAGUCCCUGCUGUAACUCGGCUCAACUGGGCCAUAUAGCUGUAUUGUAUUCUGGAACUUACAUUUGCUGUCUCCACUACAUCUACAUUGGAUUUGUCAUUAAUACGACAAUAUUAAUGUUUUAGGAGCUAGCAACAAAUAUCUAACCAUUAUCCUACGCAUCUUCUACACAUGUUUAAUUUGUUUCAGGGAGGACUUUUCUGUUGACUUCUGCCCUAUGCCCUAAUUCUAACUGAAUUUGCAAUGUUCAUGCGAAAAGCUUAUUUUUCAACUUGAUACUGUUUACUAUUACUAUGGUUUACUUUUGUGAAUUGUCUAGGUUUAGAGUUGCCUAUUUUGGAUAAGCACAGACAGAGACCUCAAACAGGAGUGUCUUUCUUUUAACGGGGUAAUGGAAUCUGGUAUAUUUCCCUGUUAAAGCUUGUGGAAUUGCAUAUUGCAAAACGUUAGGGUAAUUGGUUGCAAUGGUUGCAUCCUGGCCUAUGAAGAACCCCUCAGUGUUCUUAAGGUGUUUAUGUCCAAGUAAUUAUGUUUUAUGUAUCAUUGCUUUGUAAUUUCUAUGUUUGGUUAUCUAAUAGACUUGGAAAUGUUACUUGUAUUGGCAGCAAUUGAGAUCAGACUUUGAAAUCACAGGAAAAAAAACAGAAUAAUAAUUAUAA